AUGUCGGGAUGUGAUCCUUUCGCCCAGACUCAGCGCAGCAAACUGCAGCACCGGCGAGCUCGCAUCAACCAGCAGAUCAACAAGGAGAUGCGCAUGAGAGCCGGAGCAGAGAACCUGUUCAGGGCAACGACCAACAACAAGGUGAAGGAGACGGUGGCUCUGGAGCUCAGCUUCGUCAACUCCAACCUGCAGCUGCUCAAAGAGGAGCUGGAGGAGCUCAACAGCAACAUGGAGGUCUACCAGACAGACAGUGAGGCUGUCAACGUUCCCAUGAUCCCACUCGGAUUGAAAGAAACCAAAGAAGUGGACUUCACAGUUAGUAUCCAGGACUUCAUCUGUGAGCACUACGGAGAGGACAGCUCUCUCUACGACAAGGAAAUCAAAGAGCUUAUGGAGCUCAGACAGGCAAUGCGGACACCCAGUCGCAACCAGUCCGGCCUGGAGCUACUCAUGGAGUACUACAACCAGCUGUACUACCUGGACCAGCGCUUCUUCCCUCUACACAGGAACCUGGGCGUGCACUUCCACUGGUACGAUUCUCUGACAGGCGUCCCGUCGUGUCAGCGAACGUUGGCCUUUGAGAAAGGAAGUGUGUUGUUCAACAUCGGUGCUCUGUACACACAGAUUGGAGCACGGCAGGACCGCUCUGCAACAGCUGGCAUAGACAAAGCUAUAGAUGCCUUUCAGAGAGCUGCAGGUGCAUUUAAUUACCUUAAGGAGAAUUUCUCCAAUGCUCCUAGUCUGGACAUGAGUAGUCCAUCGCUCUGCAUGCUGGUACGGCUGAUGGUUGCCCAGGUGCAGGAGUGUGUGUUUGAGCGGGUCACGCUCACCACACAGGACACACACUUCACUUCCCAACUCCGCCUGGCACAAGAGGCCGCACGGGUGUCAGACGUCUACUUGUUAGUGCAGCAGACCAUGACGCAGCCUCUGAUGAAGGACUACGUGCCGUUUUCUUGGGCGUCCAUGGUUCAGGUUAAAUCUGAACACUUCCGUGCCCUCUCGCACUACUACGCUGCUGUUGCACUCUGUGACCAUACGUUGUCUGCUGAGGAGGAGGAGGAGGAAGAAGGUGACGAGGAAGCAGAGAAGGCUUUCCUCCAGUUCUACAUCAACGUUCCUGCAGGGCCACCACUCAGCCAGGUGUUAAGAGACCCUGAAAAAAGAAGAAAGCUCGGUAAAGCUCACUUGCGGCGUGCAGUGAUCAGACAUGAGGAGGCCAUGCGUGUCCACAGUCUGUGUAAGAUCCUGAGGAAGAUGGACAUCCUGCAGGACGUGCUGUCUCUCACACACAAACGCUCUUUGGACAAGUACUCCGAGCUGGACAGAGAGGACGACUUUGAUGAAACCGCAGAGGCUCCGGAGAUACAGUCUCAAACCCAUCAGAAACCAGACAUCACUCCACCCAACUUCUCUACAGUCCAAGUUACUGAUAUCUUCCAACAACUGGGGCCUCUGUCAGUUUUUUGUGCUCGGGCUCGGUGGGGUCCGGUACGUGUGAUCUGCCUGCAGAGGAGAGAGGGUGGACUAGGUCUCACUCUCAGAGGAGACUCCCCCGUCCUGGUGGCCGGAGUGGUGCCUGGAGGCUGUGCAGCGGAGGCAGGACUAAGGGAAGGAGACUACAUAGUAGCUGUGGAUGGACAGGACUGUAAAUGGGCCAAACAUGGCGAGGUGGUCCACAUGCUGAAGAGCUGUAGCGACAGAGGAGUGGAGCUCAGUGUGGUCACGUUACACUCACAUGAUACGCAGGCGGACAGGAGGGCCGUCAUGCUGUCCCACAGCAGCGAUAAAGAAAACAGUCGGCAGCGUCUGCUGGGAGGAGCUAAGGGCCAGAGCUCCGCCUCUUUGUUGAACUGGAACAGGAAGAAGAAGAGGGAAGGCAGCGGGGUCACUAAGAGACUAGGAAGCACUUUCAGUUUGUCGUUUGGAAGCAUCCGAGACACUGAAGCCAUGUACUGAGACAGGAGGGCGGAGCAACCACUCAGGGAGUCGCAGAAGUGGAGCACAUGGUACGAUUAGGACUGCGUACAGAGUGACAGGAGCGCUGCACCAAGAAACCUCAGCAGGGGCACAGAGCGCUGACAAAAAAGCAAUAGUUUAGUCCAGGAAAAUGUUCUUCCUGGCUUCUUUUUGUGCUGCAGCACAGUCCAAUGUAUAUGGAAACUUUGUUGGCCAAUCAAAUAUGUGGAAGCAUACAUACCAGGUAGAACACCAUGUAGCUUUUUGCAAAUGUUUUACUUUGCCAGAGUAAUAGGGAGGAGCUUACUGUUGCUGCCAUGAUACUUCGAGAGCAUAGAGCAUAGACAGAACGACAUAGAGAAUAGGGUCAAUUUUCAAAAUAAAACACCCUGUGCAAAGUCCCGAUCGUAAAACAAUAAACAACUGGAAAAAAUAUAUAGAAGCACAAAAUAAGCGCCGAUUACCAAAUCAACAAAAUCUAAUACAUCAUAAAUCAGACAAAAUGCUCCCUGUGGGAUAUGCAUUUUAAAAACGAGAAAAGAUGCGUGUGGCUGUGAAUAGAAGCCCAUUUGCCCGGCCAGGUGCAAAUUGAGGCCAAUAAAUGUUUGAACUUGUCGUGUGUGGUAAAUUAUUGUACCAGCGUCUAGUUCAAAAGUAGUUAAGGCGACUUCAUUGACAGUCAGCACUAGAGACGAGAGACACGAGUUGCUAUGCUCUGCCGUUUCCUUCAGUUAGUUUUGUGGUUAGGUUAAGACUGGGGUAGUAAAGUUUACAGCCUGUCAUUCUGAUGCUCCUGCUUUUCUUUGUACAAUGAUGCAGCAACAAAACAAAAAACCCUGCUCCAGUAGCUGUCUUUCCAUAAAAGUUUUUAAUGCGCAUUUUGAAGUAUCUCAUCAGAAAAGGUUGAUGGAAAAGGCAAAUCGGGGGGGGGGGGAUCCUUAAUUUUGCUAAAAAGCGCUUAUGCUUGCUUAAAGUGUUAAGUUAGUACAUAAAUGGGAGAUGGAAACACUUUUGCCGAAUAAGUUCUGACGUAGCGAACUUGUAUCUCACGUCCGAUCAGCUGUCAGCGUCUUGCCGGAUAUUCCCAUAACGUGCGAAUACAUGGCUGGUUGCAACUUACCCGCUUGAAACACAUUCCUGAGGACCUCGCGCCAUUUUUUAAGAUUAAUGGCCGCGACUGGUUUUGUUUCUGCUUUGGAACCCAUAAGUCUUGUUUAUUGUUACAGCCAUGAGCAACGUCAACUACUGACGUAACUACGCAAGUACGACUUUAUUUGCGCCAAACCAGUAGAUGGAAAUGUACCUUUUUGUUCAUUUCAAAAGUUUGCUUAAAAUUUGCAUGACAAUUAGAUGGAAACAUGGCUAUUGAUUACUUGAAUUAUCAGCUUUUAGGGGACAAUCUUUAAAAUUGACAGGAAGAACCAGUUUCUGGUGAGUUCUGAGUUUAGUCUGAGCUGCCAUACAAACACGUCCGUUUCGAGUUAGCGAACAGCUAAAGUCUGUACACUGAAGAAACAGUCCAGCGGUCGAAUUUGUGUGAAUGACGCAUGGUGAAGAUUUGCUUCGCUUUAAUAAGUCUUAAAACCGGACUCUGGUUCUUCUUACUGAUAAUGUGUAGCAACAUACCCACACCAGAACAGCCCUAGUGCUGUUGAUGCAAACCUAUCAUUGGCUGGACUUCUGUGAGACACGGAGUCUUGGACAGUCAAAGAAUUUUUAAUAUUACCACAUUUUUAAAGCAAAUUGUCUGUGAAGGUUCUCAGUCAUCCAGGUCAUAGUUAUCCAAGGAAGGUUAAAAUUCAAGGUGCUUGAAGAUACUCAAAAGACAUUUCGUCCCCCAUCCAAGAGACUUGGAUCCAAGUACUAGUCCAGUUGCCCUCAAUUUGAACCUUUCUUGGAUUUUAUCAGCAAACAACUGAGACCAACAUUUAAAAAAAAAUAAAAACAAUAUUCCAAUUAACUAGUAAAUUAGUUAAUAAACCCAGGAUUAACAGUAAGUCCAGAAUCAAUGAUUCAGCCUCUGCCAUCAGUGUAUGAAUGGGGUGAAUGUGACUUGUAUUGUAAAGCGCUUUGAGUGGUCAGAAGACUACAAAAGGCAUUACACAUAAGUACAGUCCAUUUACCAUAUUUCUUGUCUUAAAUUAUCCUUAUGAGGUUACAGGAUACUAUUUAACCACUGAAGUACUCUACAAACCAUCUGAAGCUUUCUGACGGGUUUGGAUCAGCUCAUCCACUGAUACUUUACUAAUAAAUAUGAUGUUGGAUUCAGUGUUCUUGGAGAAAUGUGUUUGUGGGUUAGAUGAUUAAAAGCACUUCAGGAGGUUUAGAUCCAAUAGUUUGUAGUUUUGGUACUUUUGAUGCACUGUGAAUGUUGAAAAGGUCAAAUCUCUUGUUAAUAAUGUAGUUUGAUGUUUCAAUAAUGAACGUUGAGAGAUUUUGUGUUUUGUUUGAAAUGAAAUGUGACAGUGUUUUGUAUUUUGUGUUCUUAAUGGUUGACAAUGCGAACAGUUGUUAAAGUCCAGCCACUGUUCUGUGUUACAGUCCACCAACUUUAGGAGCAUUAGAUGAGGAUGUUAGUGGAGAAAUUGUUUCCUUUAACAUUGUUGGAGCCUUUUGUAAGAUUUUGAUACAACUAGAAUUGUAGCAUAUUAUUGCUGGUCCAGCUAAAAUUGAAUGCUGUAAGUUUUGCCAUGGUGUGUGUACGGAAAGCCAGAGGGGACAAAAUUCACACGUUUCGCUUUACAUGAUUGCAAUAUAAUCAUCCUGUAAUGCGUUUUUCCUUUCCUAUAUUCAUUAAAAACAUUCAGUGUUUCAAAAAAAGGGUGCCACAUUUUUAUUCUAGUAAUCAUGAAAUUAAUUUCUGAUGUCAAGGAAACAACCUGUAACAUCUUUUCAGCUCUCUGUGCUCGGAUGUGUGUGAGUUAAUGUUUGUCAGGAGGAUUAUUGUGAGGAAUCCCCCCCCACCCCCCUUUGUUUUUGACUGAAUAUCUGACCAUCCCUUAAUGACUGCGUUUGGGGAUUUGCACAGUAUUUUUUUCAUGUAUAAAUACAAUAAAAGUGAGUGAACUAC